AAAUCCACAUUUAACCUUGAUAAGGAAAAAGAACAUUCACGAUACAAGUCAGAUCUUAUGCGAAUUGCAGAACACUAUAAUUCUGGAACACAACUACAUGAGAAAGUAACAAAAGCUUUAAGAAAAAUGAAGUUGGAGGCAAUAUCCGAUAGGGUAAAGAGCUUCUGGAACAAGAAUGAGGAAGCAAGUAAAUAUGAAGCUGCAAAAUUAGCUGAGGAGAAGAAAAUAGAGUUUCUCAAGGCACGCAAUGCCACAGAAACAUAUCAAAGUGGCCAUGAACAUCUUAUAAGAACAUCAGCAAUUGUUUCUAAGAUUAAUCUACACGUGCUUGAAAAUAGUAUUGAACCUGAUAAAAGCAAUAUUAAUACUGAAGAAUCAGAAGAAAUUUAUGAACUAGAACCUGCAAGAUCAUCUGUUACUAUACAAAAGAAUGAAGAGUACAUUUACAAAGAACCUAUAACACCAUCUACUAAGGACAACAAAAAAUCUACAGAGGAGUUAGUUAUCAAUUACAACAGUCAUCCAAAUCUUAAAGCAUAUUGUAGGAUCCUUGAGUCCUUGCAAAAUCAUCAUAUUGAAGAAAAUUCACAAUGUGCACGACAUUUGAUCAAGAUGCUCAAGUGGUCUUGUGUUGAUUAUGAACUUUUUUUAGCAACUGAAUGGGAAGGGAAAUCACAAUCAAGUUCUUUUUCUAUACCACGAAUCAGCCUUCAGCUUGUGUCUACUGUCUUUCUCCAGCACAACAACAACAAAUUUCAUUCUGUAGUCCAGAUGCUUAAGAGUUUAAUAAAAAAUGGCAAGAUUCUCAACAGUGAUAGUAACUACAUGUCAUCUCUCAUAAAUAUCCAAUGGCCUUUCAAUCAACCUAAAAAAAAUUAUAAUGAUAUUGAUGUACUCACAAUUGUCUCAAUAAUUCCAACAGUAGCUCUUUAUAUGUCUACACCAUGCAGAGGACCUGGGAGUGAACCAUCAGAGAACCAUGUUAAAGCUGAAUUUUGGACAAAAAUUCUCUCAAAUGCUUUCACUUUAUAUAAUUCCAGGUUUAUUCCAGUAUGGGAGUAUUAUCAUCUUUUUCCAGGUCAUGGAGGAGAUGGUUCAUCACGGUCUGACUUUGCUGCCAUAGUAAACAACCAGACAAAUGCACAGUUUCCAUUUUUACUAAUUGAGUUUGAGCAGAAUGGAUUCGAAAACCAUAAAGAUGAGGUGGUUAUAGUAUCAGAAGCUGUGCAUGAAUUCAAUCGUAUUUUAUCAUUGGGACAUUUCCUAACAGAAGAUGAAGUAAAUCAAACAUGCAUGCAUAUUGGAUUAGUCAACGGGACAAGCAUUCGAUUCAGUACUCUUGAACCUUUGUUCAACCAACAACAGUCAACUCUUUUAUACAUUCACACCAGGAAUAAACUCACCUUAAAUCUUAAAUCCAAUAACACUGAGACCGAUAUUGAGAAUGUGUUGCAAUUAAUUUCAUAUCUGCGAGAAAUUGUCUGUCAAGAUGGAGUUUGGACUGAAACUGUGUUAAAAAGACAACCAGCAAAAUUCAACCUCAAUCUGAAAGCAGUACUUCCAUCCCUCCCAAAAAAAGCUGUCAAAUCUCGACCUUUUGGAACACAAUUCACUCCACCACCUAAAAGAGUAAAAGAAUUUAUUUUCAACUUAGAAAAAUAUUGUGGCAAUUAUGAAGUCAUUUCAGAUGUUUAA